GCCGCGGGCUGCUCCCGGCCGGGUGGCCUCGGCGCUCGCGCGAGUUUUCCUGGCUCCUGGGCUCCUGAAGACGCAGUGCUGGAGCAGAUGGAUAAUGGAGACUGGGGCUAUAUGAUGACUGACCCAGUCACGUUAAAUGUAGGUGGACACUUGUAUACAACGUCUCUCACCACGUUGACACGCUACCCGGAUUCCAUGCUUGGAGCUAUGUUUGGGGGGGACUUCCCCACAGCCCGAGACCCUCAAGGCAAUUACUUCAUUGACCGAGACGGACCUCUUUUCCGCUAUGUCCUCAACUUCUUACGGACUUCAGAAUUGACCCUCCCCCUGGAUUUUAAGGAAUUUGAUCUGCUUCGGAAAGAAGCUGAUUUUUACCAGAUUGAACCCUUGAUUCAGUGUCUCAAUGACCCUAAGCCUUUGUAUCCUAUGGAUACUUUUGAAGAAGUUGUAGAGCUGUCCAGUACUCGGAAGCUUUCUAAAUAUUCCAAUCCUGUGGCUGUCAUUAUAACUCAGUUAACCAUCACCACCAAGGUCCAUUCCUUACUGGAGGGCAUCUCAAAUUAUUUCACCAAGUGGAAUAAGCACAUGAUGGACACCAGAGACUGCCAGGUCUCCUUCACCUUUGGACCAUGCGAUUAUCACCAGGAAGUCUCUCUCCGGGUCCACCUGAUGGAAUACAUUACAAAGCAAGGCUUCACGAUCCGCAAUACUCGGGUGCAUCACAUGAGCGAGCGGGCCAAUGAGAACACAGUAGAGCACAACUGGACUUUCUGUAGACUGGCCCGGAAGACGGACGACUGAUGGCUCGCCCUCAGAGAACUUCCUGCAAACUCACAUGGGACAUGGAAGAGACUGUUGCUGUUUUUCAAAUCAUAGUGUGGACCCUCUUUCUUUUUUUUUUUUUUUUAAAUUAAUAUUUGUAUUUAUUUGAAGGCAUUGAGGACCAGAAGGAAGUUUUGUGUGUGAGCAGUCUCUGCCCUAUUUUGUUCCCAAGUAUGCAUGUGCCUGUUCAGAAUCUCCAGAAACCUUUUCUAUAAAAAGAGAUCUGAAAAUCAUUAUGGUAUAUAAUCUGCCCUUAACAGUGCUAAAAUGAUUUCUGAUAACGUGGUCCAUAACUCAGCUGGAAGGCUAAAGAAACGUAAAUGGAAGAUUAAACAGAGUGUUCAUGAUGUCUUUGAGAAAAAUCAGAAUGUCAUGUAGGGUGACCCAGUUUCCAGACCAGUAGGCAGUAUUGUAGUACUAAAGGAAAGCCGGCCAGUCAUCUAAAGGUACUUGUUAAGGACUGCUUUCUACAGUUUUGACAACUGUUUCUUUCUAUGCAUAUAAAUCAAGCAACCAAAUAUCUGUAGCCAUGGAAAUGUCUGACUAGAAAUAUUUAUAUUGGAUUCUCAAUACAAAAUGUCCCUGUGGUAGAAACCUCAUGCCUGGUACAGAGUCAUUCCCAAGUGUACUGUCUACCAGGAGAGAAAAAUCUAAUAAAAAAUGGAAUAUGAACAUUAA